GCGCUGCGGUGCAAAAUCUGCCUACAUCGGUACGACAGGAUGUGACAUAUAAAUGGUAAAAGCCUGCGAAGUGUGUAACAGAAAAAUGCAUUAAAUUUCGAGUUUAUUUCGUACCACAACUCUAUUUUGUACUCCUAGUUUGCGUCUGUAUCUGUAUUUCGUCUGUGGCUGCAGUUCAAAUUUACCACUGAAAGGAAACGUGCGUUUCAUCUGCCGAUAUAUGUCGAUCGAUUAUACGUCGCUGACAAUACGUAGUUGGCGCGUGAGUCGCGCCAGCUGAUUGGCGCUUGGGCUGCGACGAAGUGUCAAACUCGGCGAGCAGGUGGUGCUCGCGAACCACCGUAUUUGUAAUGGCGUGCGACGGCUAAGAAACGGGCAACAACGCGCACGAGUGCUCGAGUUUUCGUCUGUUGUAAUAACGGGAAGUGCGUUGGUGCGUGCGUGGCGUGACACUGUCGCGAAAAUGACAACGGCGUCGAGCAUUCUGCCGUCGUAUCAGCGGUUCGUGAACGGUGUACCGGUGCCUCUGUUCUCGAGACGGUCGUUCCGCCCGCGUGAAAAGUAUCUGAUCCUGUUGGUGUUUUUGACGUUCGGUGUCGUGUGUUUCUGUACGUUCUUCUUUCUGCCGGAUUUCCGCGCGGGCACCAGCGGCGCCGCAGUGAACAGUGUUUACCGUGUGUACGAGCACAUGCAGAAAGCGGGACCGGAGCUGCUAAUACCGGCGCCACCUCGAUUACAGGGGGGCCUCAAGGGGUUCAUGGGUCAUCCGAAUGCCGUGCCAUUUGGGCACGAGGGCAUCGAUAAUCAGGACGUGCAUCUUCUCGAAGACAAGCAGAAACUGCAGGCGAAGAUCAACGAGGAAUAUCAGCAGCAAAAGACGCUGGAAAAGCCGGAAGUGAAAGAUGAUUCGCGUGUGCGUGCGAGUAGUUCGUCGUCGUUAGUGCUCUACCGGAAGGACGACAUUCUGGAGACGGUGCCCCCUGCGCCAGCGAAUAAACUCCCUUUGACGGUCGGUGGAGAGGACAAGGACCCCGUCGCCAGGGAACGAAGGGACAAGGUGAAAGAGCCAAAGAAGCAACAACAGACCGAACAAAAGAAGCCAACAUCCCAAUCCAACACCAAGACCUACUAG